UGUCCCUCAUUCAGCUGUAACAAGUCGGAAUGCUACAGUAUGUAUAGCAGUCAGAAUGCCACCUGGUGUUCUCCUGCGUCCGUUUGUCAGCUGAUGAGGCAGAUGGACAUGUCCUACACCGUCAACUGCACUGCCUCAUGUGCCGACAGCUGCGUCAACGCCUCUCAGAUCAACUGCAACGAGAACUGCUGCAACUCUACUGGCUGCCUCAACAGCACUUUUGCUUCCAUGAUGAACAUGACCACAGCAAGUGGAAACACAACAAUGACACCGACCUCCAAACCAGUCACUUCAACUACUGCCACCACUCCAGCAAACAAUGGAAACAAGUGUAAUCAAGGUGUGUGUACUGGCACGGAUUGCUACAAAGCUUUUAAAACUGAUCCCCUCCAAACCUGCUCGUCCUCACAGCCACACUGUCAGCUGAUGAAGGAGACGAUGGACUCCUCUCUUCAGUGGACGGCAGGUUGCUUUUCCAACUGUUCUGCCAAAACCACGUGUGAGGCCUCCACUCCACCUCCCUGUCAUCUGGAGUGCUGCAACGCCACCACCUCCUCCUGCCUAUGGCUGAAUGGCACCAUGAAUGUCCCCUCGUUCGCCACAAGAGGCCCGUCUCUUCACACAGAAAUGAUGACCGGCCUACUCUGCCUGCUAGCCGUCACCCUGAUGCUGUGAGGAGCUGUGAGCAGCCUCAGCUGUUGUGUAGGGUUAUGUUAGGUAUCCAGAGCUUUGUAUAACUCCCAGUCCUUCCAGAAAUAAAGCAGGUUACGGUUUACACUACUUCAUAUAUAUCUCAGUGAUAUUCAUAUGUGAUUGUGCUGUAUAAAUGUGGGAUAAUAUAAAUGUAAAGCUUUAAUGUUGAUUUUCUUUCUUUUUUUAUUGAAGAUUCCCGAUCACACUUUUAUCUCUGUUUCAAAACCAGUGACAGAUGGUUUUGAACAGUAUAUUUUCUAAAUGAGAAGAUUCAACUUCAGGAAUAAAUUACAAAUCUUUAUCAUCUUUAUAAAUAACAAAAAUAACACAUCCAAAAUAUUUUAUUGGAGUGAAGUUUAGAUUAAAGAAAUUAUAUCGAAUCUAGACUCGACUUGUUUUAGCCUUGACCUGGCCAUGAUUAUAUUCAUGUCCUUUUUUAAGAACGAUUUCCACUUUCAUUUGAUUAUAGACACAUAUUAUGAUGGGUGAGUGAGCCAAAAACACUAGGUUUUAGUGGUUGUGAGCAGUUUUUUAUCAUGUCAUUACAAAACAAUUUCCCUUCAGAUGAUCAACUUUUGAAGCCAUUGCAAGAGUAAUGCACUUUAUGAAACUCUAAGCUGUAACAUGGUGUUGUGAGGGUUCGCUGAACAACCGCUGUCAAUGUAAUCUCAAUGAAAUGUGCACUUCAGGAAUUUUUGGCUACUUCUUGUCAAAGAAAUGUUUUGUGGUGAAUCGUGACUUUGAUGUACACGUGGUGUACAAAGUAUAUUUUUUGGUAUAAUGGUGUCAUGUGAAUGCUCAAUGAAAUCAGAAUGGUGUCAGGUUAUUCUAGUUUUGUGUUUCUGUACAAUAUGAUGAUAGUGCCUGAAGAAAUAUAUCUAAUAAACUAUAUGAUUGGUGAAACUCGAUUUGAUGACAUCCUCCAAUGGGGUGAUGGUGAAGAUAUUUGUUGGGGCUCACAGAUGCAAUGGGCCCACAACAAUUCUAUUAAGAUUAUUUUUUUCAUAAGGGAGGUUCUCAUAAAAAUAGAUAGAUAGAUAGA